AUGCAUACAAUGAAGAUGAUCUGAUGUUAUACUGGAAACAUGGAAACAAGUCCCUGACCACAGAUGAGCAAAUCUCCCUCUCCCAGUUCUUCAUUGAAGAAUUCAGUGCUUCCAGUGGACUAGCUUUUUACAGCAGUACUGGUUGGUACAAUCGACUUUUUAUAAACUUUGCACUCCGGAGACAUAUUUUCUUUUUUGUGCUACAAUCCUAUUUCCCAGCCAUGCUGAUGGUGAUGCUAUCUUGGGUUUCAUUUUGGAUUGACAGAAGAGCCGUUCCUGCCAGGGUAUCACUAGGUAUAACUACAGUGCUGACAAUGUCUACCAUCAUGACAGGAGUAAGUGCCUCAAUGCCUCAAGUGUCUUACAUAAAGGCUGUGGAUGUGUACUUAUGGAUCAGCUUCCUUUUUGUCUUCCUGUCAGUCAUUGAAUAUGCAGCAGUGAACUAUCUCACCACAAUUGAAGAGAGAAAGCAACUCAAAAAAAAGGGCAAGGCUUCAGGAAUGUAUAGUAUCGAUGCAGUGCAAGCAAUGGCUUUCGACGGCUGCUUUCAUGACACAGAUGUGGACAUGGACCUGACUCCUCUCUCAGACCGCAGUGAAGAGAAUGAGACUCAGGAACGUGCAGCCAGUGUCUCCAAUGUGGACACACCUCGCAUCAAGAGGAAGAGAUCUCUGAAGGGAAAUGUGGGCAGGAUUAUUUUACAGAACAAUCAUGUUAUUGACACAUAUUCCAGGAUUAUAUUUCCCAGUGUGUAUAUUGUGUUCAAUUUUUUUUACUGGGGUUUGUACAUAUGA